AUGUCUUUGAAAGGUUUUAUAACUUCCGGAAUCAAAGAUGUCCUGGAGGGACAAAUGAAUAAGAUGCUGAAUAAGAACCCACAGCCUCAAGACAACACCACUUCCACACCAUCUAGCGACAUGUAUCCACAGUCAGGUGGUAAUGGUAACCCCGGCGGCUAUAAUGCUUAUCCACAAUCAUCAUACGGUUCAUCAUAUCCAUCACAAUAUCCCCAGCAAUCACAAUAUCCUCAACAAUCACAAUAUCCUCAGCAAUCACCUUAUCCGCAAUCCGGUCAGCCACAAGCUAACAUCGGAUCUGGAGCCGCUCCAUAUCCAUCAGCUGGCCAAGGCGGACCAUCACCACCAAUAGGCUUCAUUGAUGAAGGAAAUGGAUAUGCAUCACAACCUUAUCCAGGCGGCGGCUAUCCAUCUCAGCCUUAUCCAGGAGGAAAUGGAUAUUCAUCGGGAAUGCCAAACUAUCAGCCCCCACAAGGACAGGGAUAUGGAGCUCCUCAGCAAUCUUAUCCUCCUCAGCAACCAUACUAUCCUCCUCAGCAAUCUCCAUAUUCCGCACCAGCUCAGCAGCCAUAUAAUUCUGGUCACCAGCAACCAAUGAUGAUUGGAAACCGAUCAAUCAAGCCGGCUAAUCCAUUCAAUGCCAAUCAAGAUGCUGAGGUUUUACGUAAAGCCAUGAAAGGCUUAGGAUGUAAUAAUUCUAAAGUUAUCUCGGUUCUCUGUGCUCGUACCAACUGGCAACGACAGGAGAUUUCUAAAGCUUUCAAAGUUAUGUAUGGAAAAGAUCUUAUCAAAGAUUUACGCUCUGAACUAUCUGGAGACUUUGAAGAUUUAAUUUUGGCUCUUAUGGAGCCUCCAGCAAUCUACGAUGCUAAGCAGCUUCGCAAAGCCAUGGAAGGAUUUGGUACCAAGGAAUCUGUACUUAUUGAAAUUAUGACUUCACGAACAAAUCAACAAAUUCUUGAAGUUCGUGCUGCUUACAAGCAGCUUUACGGAAAAGAAUUGGAAAGUGAACUGAUCGGAGAAACAAGUGGUUGCUUCAAGCGUUUGCUCAUCUCUCUCUGUGCUGGAGGACGUGAUGAAGGAAACACAUUGGAUCCACUUAGAGCUAACCAGGACGCCAGAAAGUUGUACAAAGCAGGUGAAGGACGGCUUGGAACUGAUGAGAGCACCUUCAAUGCCAUUCUCGCCAGCCAGAAUUAUCAACAACUUCGACUUGUAUUCGAGGAAUACCAGAAGGUCACCAAUCAUCCAAUCGAGAAGGCUGUCGAAGCUGAGUUCUCUGGAGAUAUUAGAGAUGGUCUCAUUGCUGUAUGUAGCGUUGUACGCUCACGUCCAGCUUACUUCGCCAAGCUUUUACAUGAAAGCAUGAAGGGUCUUGGAACACGUGACAAUGAUCUGAUUCGCUUAGUUGUAACUCGUUGUGAAUAUGACUUGGCUGAUAUUCGAGAUGCCUUCCAGGCUCUCUAUAAAACAUCACUUGAAAGCAUGAUCAAGGGAGAUUGCUCCGGAUCAUACAAAGAUGGUCUCAUUGCUUUAGUCAGAGGAAAUUGA